AUGACAGAAUAUGAAGCGUGCAUCAUGGGCAUUCAUACAGCUAUAGAGCGUGAAACUAAAGUGAUAGAGGUCUAUGUGGAUUCGGCAUUGGUGAUAUACCAACUCAAGGGAGAAUGGGAAACGAGAGAUCCCAAAUUAGUCAGUUAUCGAAAGUUGGUCCUUGAAUUGAUUAAGGAGUUCGAGGACAUUACUUUUUUCUAUCUCCCACGAGACAAGAACCAGAUGGCCGAUGCACUGGCUACGUUAGCCUCCAUGAUCAAAGUGAACAGACAGGAGGACAUGAAGCCUAUCCAGAUGAGCAUCUAUGAGGGUCCGGCUCAUUGUUAUAAUAUCGAAGAAGGAGAAGUGGAUGAUAGUCCUUGGUAUCAAGAUAUACUACGAUAUGUAAAGAAUCGUGAGUAUCCUGGCCAGGUAACUGAGAAUGAUAUGAGGACUCUGAGAAGACUAGCCAUUGAUUACGUCUUAGAUGGGGAAAUCUUAUACAAGAGAGGAAAAGAUCAGGUACUGUUAAGAUGUGUGGACGCUGUAAAAGCUAAGAAAAUCUUGGAGGAGGUCCAUGAGGGCAUCUGCGGAACGCAUGCUAGUGGGUUCGCGUUGGCAAGGCAGAUUAUGAGAUUUGGGUUUUACUGGUCCACCAUAGAGGAGGAUUGCAUCAAUUACGCCAAGAGAUGCAGUAGGAAGGAACAAGGCUACUUGAAGAGGAGAAGCAUUGAAGAAGUUGAGGCUCAGUAA